CUAUACUUGUCAUCAGAAACUGAUAGUCAUUCGCUCAAAUGGCACAAAACAGCUCGGAUUAUAACAUAAAGCAAGCAACCAAAGGAUUUUUUCUUUUCAUGAUAAGGUACAAAUUUUCUUUUUUGCUUUUAAUACAACAAAAAAAAGUAAACUAAAGCGAUUUUGUGUGAUACCUAACAUCAUUUUAAAAUUGUUUUUGUUUUACUAGAUAUAGAGCCUUUUUUCUCCUUCUCUUUAUUUCAUUUUACGUAUCGUAGACAGAGAGAAAUGAGUUUGAUUUUUUGUCUAUUCUCUCUCUUUACACCUAUUAUUAUACAAGCACUUGAUAUCCCAAUAAUAGACAGCACUCUGCGCUUAGGUUUUGUUGGAAACUAUGCAGGUGUAUCCAAUAUUGACAGCCAACAGCAAUUUGAGUCACUUUCUGGCUUCUCUUCAACACUUGUAAAACAACAAGGAAAAGCUGGAUCAUUUGAUAAAGUGGGCACUUUUGAAGGUGGAAACAUCACAUGCUCUUGUAGUUUUCAAAAUGGUGACAUAUAUUUUGGGGGCUUCUUUGCAACUGUCAACCAGCAGCUGACAGUAAAUCAUAUUACAAAAUACAGUACACAAAACAACCAAUUCCAAGCACUCGGUCAAGGCUUAGAUGGCCCUGUGUAUACGUUAUAUUGUGACCAAGUUGAGCAGAUUCUGUAUGUAGGUGGCAACUUUUCUGUGCUCAACAACAGUGACACAUUUGGAAACGCUGUGCAAUGGAGUUUGUCAAACAACAGUUGGGUCCCUUUACCUUGGAAAGGAUUUAAUGGUCCUGUAUAUACUAUCACUAGAAACAUUAAACAAAACACACUGUUAUUUGGAGGUAGAUUCGAUGCCACAGGCGACAACCAAUUCUUUAAUUCCAACACAAGUCAAGUUGUAGCAAUGAGCUCACCUCUUGCUACCGUCUCUUCUGGUAAUGGAGAGUUCAACAGCAACGCAAGUAGUAUUGUAUGUCCCUCAAAGUCAUCGCCAACAGACAAUGUUGAACAGGCAUGGUACUUGCAGGAAGGCGUGCCUGGUUAUUGGGAUGCAAAUUUUAACAACCCUAUUCAACCCACUGUAUUCAGAUUAUCAAACACGCACACAGAUAGAGGGACUCUUUUAUUUUAUGUUCUUGCAUUAGGUUCAAACGAAGUUUAUCAAUUGUCGUACACAGAUCCCGUCACACAAGCAACAACGUUUUGCGCUUCAGACUGUCUCUUGUCAAAUGACACAUAUCAGGAUUUCACUGUAGUCAACAGCAUAUCUACCUCGGGUAUCCGGAUCUAUAUCAAGAGUUGGUAUGGAUCAGGUGGAGGACUGGGAUAUGUUCAGAUCUUUGAAUCAGAUGUUUCCAUCAAUCCAAGUUUGAAUAAUGCUUCUUUAUGCAGUAGCUCUUCUAUAUCUCCUUACUUUACAAAGACAGUUAUAAAUGGUGAUUGGAAGGAAGUCUAUGUCUAUGGGUAUUAUCGAAAUGUUUUGGAAGCCACAGUCCCCUAUGCAAGUCUAGCAGCAUCCAAUCUUUCGAUUGUUUAUCAGCCAAACAUACCUACACAAGGGCUAUAUGAAGUGUAUGCAACAACGCCAGGAUGUGUUGGAAGCUCCAACUGUUAUGAACGAACACAAGUAGAUUAUCAGCUUGAAUUUCAACCUAACGUGGUUACAACCCUCAGAGUAAAUCAAAAAGUAUAUUCAGAUACACGUAUACUUAUUUACAGUGGAAUCAUUUCGCCUGUCUCUGCCAGUUUUCGACCAUCACUUACACUAGCGCCUGCAUCUAAUGUUUCAGCGCCUUCUCAAGGAGAUUUUGUCAGCAUUAUGGCAGAUACAUUGGAGUUUAUUCGUAAUUCAUCAGGAGUCCCACUGGUCAGUAUUCUCGAAUACAAUCUUACUAGCUUGAAUACAAAUUCAUCUUGGAAGCCUUUGAAUCAACAAUUACCAACGGGAGCAACGGUAUAUAGUCUUGAUGCAUCUUCCGGUGACGUACUUUACAUAGGGGGUAGUUUUCUUUCAGUCAGUGCCAACAAUUCUGGAUAUCAGAACGUAGUCUCCUACGAUUACUUGUCUGGAAAGUUAGUUCCCAUAUCCGAUCAAGUGUCAAGUGGUGUCAACGGAAAAGUAUCAAAGUUAAUACUACAUAACUCAGACUUGUAUGUAGCUGGUGAAUUCAACUCGACUGUCUCUUUGACUCCACUGAGUGCUGGAAAUAUUGCAAAAUUUGACACAUUGCUAAAGAACUGGAGUAGUCUUGAACAUGGUGUAGAUGGACCUGUCAAUCAUCUCCUUAUAGCACCGGAUAACAGCACAUUAUCUGUAUCUGGUCUCUUUCAGCACUAUAUCGGUCAAAAUAACGAAAAAAUAUCUCUGAGAAAUGCAAAAUGGAAUAUAGAGCAAAUGGCUUGGAUAGAGCCAAGUUCUCUAAUUGUUGGUGAGGUGGUAACAGAUGUAUCUACUGGAAACCAAGAUAGAUGGAUUGCAGGUGGUAUAUUGGGCGCACAAACCUAUCGUACUGAUCUUGUCACGUCAACAAGCUUCAACGCUUCACGUAAUAUAUUUUCUAAAAACAUAAUUACCACUGCAGGUGUGGUGUGGUCCAAGAAUGAUUCAAGUUCAACUAUUAUCGCCUACUACACGUAUAGUUUAAAAACAGAAGAAAACAACAAUGUCACAACUUUUAUUGUCUAUAGCAAUAGCAAGAACGCUUGGACAAACAUUAGCUAUGUACAAGGAAAAGUAAAUUCGUUGACUGUUUUUCAAGACAAAUUGUAUGUUGGAGGUCAAUUCAGUGCGGAUCCACAAAGAAAUAUAUCAGCAAGUUUUGCUAUUUAUGAUUUGGCAAACAACUCGGCUUCCAUACAAGUUGCUAGCAUUUUAGAUGAGACAAAUCAACCAGGCAUUGUUCAUACUAUUAAAGUCCAUCCUGACGGGAAACGUAUCUUGGUUGGUGGGCAGUUUAGCAAAGCUGGAUCAUUAGAUUGUAACUCUGUUUGUGCGAUUAGUCUUUCAAACAGACAAUGGAAUGAUAUUUAUCCUGGAUUAUCUGGCACUGUUUAUGAUAUCAUCACCACACAAAAUAAUCAAAAAGUUUUUGCUAUAGGCAAUUUAACAGUACAGGGCAGGUCUACACAACCCAUUGCAAGUGCUAGCGAUCAGAGCAAUAUAUGGACUAUUGAACCUUAUACAUCUCAAUUACAAAGUACAGCGAAUUCAGCUAUUCUGCAGACGGAUAAACAGUUUAUUAUUUCUGGAACAAACUCAACCGGGAAUUAUAUUGGGAUGUUAACUGGAGACAUGUUUGAACCACUUAAUUUUAACUUGGAUAUAAAAAGCCAGAUUAAUCAGCUUUUAUCUGUACCUAUCUCUAGCUUCUCAUUACAGAAGCGCUUCCCGGAUGGUACUCAAAAUAUGCUUUUGGCAGUGGGACAGCUAUACUUGACUGACUUUGGUAAUGCAAGUGCAGCUCUCUUUGAUGGCAACACAUGGUAUCCUUAUCUACUCACAACACAAAUCGUUGGUUAUCCAGGGAUUAUCAAUCAAAUCAUCCACACUGUUGACCCUAAUUUACAACCACAAAGUUCUUCCCCUCAUCACUUAUCAAUUGCAGCUGUGAUAUUAAUUUCAAUGGGUAUUUCAACGGGUGUCUUAUUCUCAUUGACUGGACUCGGAGUAUUAUUCUUACUCAAAAACCACUCAAGUACUGUAGGCCCAGAAGAGAUGCCGCCCUGGAGACCAAGUCCUGAUUUCAUGGACACACUCGGUCUGUUAGGGGCAGGACCUUCUAAUGCAGCAAAAUGAGCUCAGAAAUAGUUACAGUCUAAUCAUAUCAUGUAUUUUUACCUCACCAAAUCACUAUAUAUACCAUACACAUACGUAUAUAUAUAUAUAUAUAUAAUUGCAAUAAAACAAAGCUCUAUUAUC